AACGGCCAAGAUUUCGUUUGUGCAGUUUUUUGUUUUGAUACUAGGGUUUAUGUUUUCUCCACUGAUCCAAGCCAAGCCCUCUCCUUUUAUCUUGUAAACUAAAAACCCCAGUCACCCCCACCAUCCAGUCACCGCUGUUGAUCUACUCUGAUCCAAUGGGGGCUUACAAGUACGUAUCUGAGCUAUGGAGGAAGAAACAAUCGGAUGUGAUGAGGUUUUUGCAAAGGGUUAGGUGCUGGGAGUACCGUCAGCAUCCUUCAAUUGUUCGUGUCACGCACCCCACACGCCCUGACAAGGCUCGCCGGUUGGGCUAUAAGGCCAAGCAGGGCUACGUGGUUUAUCGUGUCCGUGUUAGGCGGGGUGGGAGGAAGAGGCCUGUUCCGAAGGGUAUUGUAUAUGGUAAGCCCACAAACCAGGGUGUUACUCAACUGAAGUUUCAACGAAGCAAGAGGUCUGUAGCAGAGGAGCGUGCUGGUCGGAAAUUGGGGGGCCUCAGGGUUCUCAAUUCAUACUGGAUUAAUGAGGAUUCGACUUACAAGUACUUUGAGGUAAUCUUGGUUGAUGUUGCCCACAAUGCCAUCCGCAAUGACCCAAGAAUCAACUGGCUCUGCAAUCCUGUCCACAAGCACAGGGAGCUCCGUGGCCUUACCUCUGCUGGGAAGAAAUACAGGGGUCUACGUGGCAGGGGACACUUGCACCACAAAGCUCGACCCUCUCGCCGGGCAAACUGGAAGAGAAACAACACCCUCUCCCUUCGUCGUUACCGAUGAGAUGAGUUCAGUGAUGAGCUUGUUUUUAUGUUGUCGCUUGUUGGAUUUUUUUUUUGGAGGACAUUGUAGUCAUUGAGUGCAAAAUUUUGGAUAUCUGAAUACAUGAAAGUAUUUGUCUA